AUGAAAGCCGGCGCCGUGAUGCUCCUUCUGUCCGCCGCGGGGGCCUACUGCGGGACUGACGUUGUUUACAAUCCCACGAUUCAGGCGUACCUCGACGGCAUCGACACGACAAACUUCACAACCGACGCAGACGAGCCGCCUUCCUUUGCCACGGCCGGGUCGGCGGAACCCACCUGCUUCGUGUACUUCAGGCGCUGCAACCCCGUGUACUUUUACCAAAACUGGUUCCUGGAUCGGGCCAGCAACAUCACGCUCGGCGCCAAGUUCUUCGCCGACGCCGAGCUGAUCGUCCAAGACGACAAGCCCGUGGACGGGAUGCUUCCCAGCGUCCAGACAAUCACCUCCACGGCGGUCACGGACGCCACCACCAAGGGCUGGAAGGUUGGGGGCAGGCUCGGCGGCGAGGUCGGGGCAGAGGGCGCCAAGGGCGUCCUCGAGUUCACCGGCGAGUACGGCGAGCAGUGGAGCAAGUCGACCACGGAGACGACGCAGCUCGCCGUCACCGCGCCCUGCCCCGGAAACACUCGCUGCACCAUCGAGACGGUGACGUUCUACGCCACCUUUCGUGGCCGCUGCCGGGCCCGUCCCGUCAUCAACUGCGGCGGCGAGAUGGACGCGUGCCGGGCCGACGCCUGGGGGUGCAGCCAGUUCGAGUCCUACAGGGCGAAGUCGUGCGGCGGCGACCUCGAGGACCUGCCGUGCAGCUUUACGACGCCCAUCAUAGGGACAAACGGCAAGCCGGUCGCGAAGAACAUUAUCCGGCGGACGCCGCUCGCGGGGCGCCCAGACACCCUGCGCAGGAGGGGCGUGGUUGGGGAUGACGUGGACUCCGAGGUUGAGUUUAUCAGUGUCUGA